GUUUUGGAAUAUCUAAGUAAGCACAUCCUGGAGCUCGGCGGUUUUCUCCCGAAAAUUUCGCAUUUUCUAUGCUACGUCUGUAUGGUAAACGAGCGCUCGGUACUUGGUACAUUAGCCGCUGUUUCGCUUUUAUUCGACGCGUAUAUACUGCAAAGUCACCUGUUGAAAAAUAUUCGUCUCGUAUAUAUACCUUAUAAACAGAUACGCUGGUUUUUAUCUCGUUUGUUGCUAUUUUUAGACUUGUAUUUUUUUUUCUCCUCACCAACGUCUCUUCUCGUAUUCUCUCUUCGCAACGUUCUCUAGAAGGGUGAUCUGGGGCAUGGAUUACGAAUCAUGAUUUAGAGAAGCGGAUUUCCGCGUGUGUCGAACGAGAGAGAGACAGAGACAGCGAGGCAAAUUGUACGGCAGAGAAAUACAGGUUAGUUCGAAUUUUCGCCAUUCACCAUUCAAGCAUACGAAUUAGAAAAUGAACCGAAGUUUGAAAGAAAAUCGAACCCAGGCCGACGGUGGGUAUAACUUUAAAACAGACAAAAUGCCUCGAGACCCAACAGCUCACAAAGGACGUAAUCAGUUCAAAAGAAGGUUCAGCUUACAGCCUUCGUUUUUCACCAGAGAGGAACAUUCGCCAGCGUCGACUCCCAAUCAUCAUCGUAGCGCCAGCCGUUCGGACAGCCAAUCAGAUUCGGGUAUUAAUGAAGAAUCCGAAGGAUCGAAUUGUAAUACAGCCAGUAAACAUAAAAUCGUCGUGAUGGGAUCUGCCAAAGUGGGCAAAACGUCGCUAAUAUCGCAAUUUCUAUACGGAACGUUUUCGGAGAAAUACAAACGUACCAUCGAGGAAAUGCACCAUGCAGAGUUCAGCGUUACCGGAGUACACCUAACGUUGGAUAUUCUGGAUACGUCGGGGUCGUACGAAUUUCCAGCCAUGAGGGCUUUAUCGAUUUCUUCAGCUGAUGCGUUCAUCUUGGUGUAUGCGGUCACCGAUGCCAGUACCUUCGAAGAAGUCAGACUGAUACGAGAUCAGAUCAUCGAAACGAAGGGCACGGCCGAGGUACCCAUAGUCGUCGUAGGCAAUAAAUUCGAUUUAGCUAAUGACCAAAGACAGGUUGACUACGAAACGACCGAAUCUGUGGUGACGGUAGAUUGGGAGAAUGGUUUCGUCGAAGCUUCAGCUAAGAAUAAUCUUAACGUUACUGAAGUAUUUAAAGAAUUAUUAACCCAAGCUAAAAUAAAAUAUAACCUGAGUCCGGCUUUGAGACGAAGAAGAAGAGUCUCGUUGCCUCCUAAUUCGCCGGCUGUUACUCCCAACCAAUCACAUCCGGCUAUUCCAUCAGCAGCCCAAUUACAGCAUUUAGAAACGAUAAGGGAAAAACACGCGAGUAGCGGCGGAAAAAGAAAUUCUUGCACGAUUUCCUAAUACGAGAUCGACGAAAAAAACUAUACUCUUAUACCUUUUUUCCUCCUUCUGAUAAAGAAACCCGGACGCUCGAGUUCCAAGUCAAGUAGAAGCUGUCAAUAAUCCGUAGAAGUUUCAACCUUUUUAGAAGAAACAGUUCUUUUAAUUUUUUUUUCCUAUUUUAUGUAAAUAUUUUAUUCGUUAUUUUUACUUUCUUUAAUUUAAUUUUUAUUCCUUUUAACUUGUAUAAAUAUAAAAAAUUUCUGCUCGCG